AAGGAUUUAUAUAACCCUUAUUUUGUUAUCAAAGUGUCGUACUCACAACAAAAUUCAUCUUCAAACCAGCCUUGGUAUGGAUAAAUUAUUAAAGUCUCAGAUCUGAACCGGAUCGCUUUGGAUGGUAACGAAAUUGACUAAUUACGUCGGUUGUUAUAGGUCAAGCAAUACCAGUGCGCAACAGCAGCAAAAUUGGCAACAGUACACCCAAUAUGGUGCGCCAGGUGCAGCUCUUACCCCACAACAGCAACAAGACUAUGCAGCUUACUACCAACAAUACCCAGCACAGACUGCUGAUCAGCAAGCAUAUUACCAGCAAUAUUACCAAUCACCAUAUAGCAAUCCGCCUCCUCCGGGUGUAGAAGGGCCACCAGGCGUAGACAUGCAUACAGCACCUAACAAUAAUUAUGACUAUUCACAAUAUUCAGGUUAUUAUUCUCAGCCUACCAAUAGUGUCGCUACCACUACUCCCUAUGCUCAACAGCUACAAUAUAACUACAAUUAUCCCUAUAACAAUAUUGAUCGAGCUUCAUGGAAUUCUCAACCAAUCUCAACGACGGCACAACAACACAGCCAUUACACCGCACCGGCUGUGCGUCCUAGUCCUCCUGCACAACAACAACAACAGCAAAAGCAGCCCCAACAACAAUUUUCGCAACAAAAGUCCUACAAUGCUCCACUUUCACAAUUUGUUCGUGGACAGCAGCAGCCCUUAACUGCAAUACAAAAAACAGAUACCACUCCUCCAACAACAGUAUCGUCUUUUUCUGUGGCUUCAAUAAGUAGGUUAUGAUGAUUGACUUGGUAAAGAUAUCCGUCUUAUUGUUUUCUUUUUUGUUAUAAUAGAGCCUCCUUUGAAGGUUCCACCUUGGUCAAAAAAGCCAGAUAGUUCAGCACAACCAUCAGCAACGGAUAAG